CUCUCUAAACUCCCACAAUUCCUUGAGUUUCCAUUCCUCCUUCAAGGGGCCAGUGACCCCUACAAUCCCUUUCCCCCAAAACCGCCAUCACCCCAUAGCCAGCACUCAUUCCCAACCAUCAUCGAUCAUGGCUCGAGCCAUGGUCCUCUUAUGGGCCUGCUCUCUCCUCCUGGUCUCUGCUAACGUGGCCGAGGCCAUAGGCGUUAACUGGGGCAACACCCUGUCGUCCCACAACCUCCUCCCGAGCGUGGUGGUUCGAUUGCUCAAGGACAACGGAAUCGACAAGGUCAAGCUAUUCGACUCCGAUCCCUGGAUCGUUAAGGCCUUCGCUGGGGCCAGCAUUGAGGUCAUGCUUGGUGUUCCCAACAGUGAUCUCAAAAGAUUGAGCGACGACUAUGGCCAAGCCCAAGAUUGGGUUAAACACAAUCUCACCAAGCAUUUAUACCAAGGAGGUGUUGAUAUUAAGUUUGUAGCGGUUGGCAAUGAGCCAUUUUUGAAGUCAUACAAUGGCUCAUACCUACACAUCACUCUCCCAGCAAUGAAAAACGUACAGAAAGCUAUUAACGAGGCUGGCCAUGGCGACACUGUGAAGGUCACCACUCCCCUAAACGCCGACGUCUACGAAUCUGCCGGAAGCACAGUACCAUCGGCGGGCGAUUUCCGCUCCGAUAUCAGAAGCCUUAUGGUUGAGAUGGUCCGGUGGUUGGACUCCAACAAUGCCCCUUUCCUUGUCAACAUCUAUCCGUAUCUCAGUCUCUAUCAAAAUCCUGAUUUUCCCGUCGACUUUGCCUUUUUUGACGGUAACGCCAAGCCACUCCAAGACAAAGGUAUCACAUACACUAACAUGUUCGAUGCGAAUCUCGACACCCUUGUUUGGUCACUCAGAAAGGCCGGAGUUCCAAAGCUAGACAUAAUAGUGGGAGAGGCUGGGUGGCCGACGGAUGGCGACAAAGAUGCCAACGUCAAGUAUGCCAAGCGGUUCUACGACGGGUUCCUCAAGAAAAUCGCUAGCAACGAAGGAACUCCUCUGAGGCCAGGCCACAUGGAAGCGUACCUCUUCGGCCUCCUCGACGAAGACAUGAAGAGCGUCGCACCGGGAAACUUCGAGCGCCACUGGGGCAUAUUCAGGUUCGACGGUCAACCCAAGUUUGAGAUGGAUUUCACCGGGAAAGGCAACGACAAGAUGCCGGUGGCGGCCAAAGACGUCCAGUACCUAGCUAAGCGGUGGUGUGUAUUCAACAAGGACGUGAAGAACAUGAGCCUCGUCGCACCCAAUAUGAACUAUGCUUGUAGCGCGGCGGAUUGCACUCCGUUAGGGUACGGGUCGUCGUGCAACAACUUGGACAUGUACGGGAAUAUUUCGUACGCAUUCAACAUGUACUACCAAAUGAACGAUCAGAGUGCCGAGGCUUGCGUGUUCCAAGGGUUGGCGACGUUGGACAUAAAUAACCCCUCAAACGGGACGUGUGUGUUCCCGAUACAGAUUCAAAGUGCGGGGACACGACUCGGGACUGUGUCCCGAGUGAGUGUUGUUGUGUCUUUGUUGGUGUUUUUGGCCUUGUUUUAGGUUGUACAACAUUGGUUAUGUGUUGUUGGUAAUUCGGAAGAGGCUUAUAAUGUGUUACUAUU